GGUGGUAUAUGAACAGAGAGGGAAGAGGGAGAAAAGCUGUUUGUGCACAGAGAGAAGAGGAAGACAGAAGCAGAGAGAAACGCUGUGAUUUCUUUUUUUGUUGUUGUUUUUGUGUGUCUUUUUGUGCUCGAACAUGUGUUUCGGUUUGGUGAUGCUGUGUCUCUGUCUCUUCCAAACAGAGCUAGAUGAAGUUUGGGCUCAGCAGCAGACAGAUGGCUGGUACAGUGUGAUCUCACAGCAGCAUGGGGAGUCAACUGGAGGUGAGCAUCCAGCCCAUAGGUCGUCCUCUGGCCACAGCCGGACCAGCAGGGCCGUCCAGGGUGGAGGACUGACCAUCAGCACCCUGCCAGACAACAUGACACGAGUCGUGGAGGAUUCUGGCAAGUAUUACACGUGGCGAAGCUUCGGCCCUGAGGAUCAGCGAACACAAGACCUCUGGGUAGACAUGAGUGACGUCCGGCACGGCCAAGUCAGAGUCCACGGCAUCCUGUCAAACUCAUACAAGCAGGCUGUGAGGGUCGCCCUGUCAUUUGACUUUCCUUUUUACGGCCAUUACCUGAGGCAGAUUACCAUAGCAACAGGAGGGUUUAUCUUCACGGGGGACAUUACUCACCGUAUGCUAACGGUGACUCAGUACAUCGCUCCUCUAAUGGCCAAUUUUGACCCCAGCUUCUCUAAAGAGUCCACUGUCCAAUACCUGGAUAACGGUGAGGUGUUUGUGAUCCAGUGGGAGCAGGUCAGACUCUCAGGCAGAGAGUCGGUCGGAGCUUUUACAUUCCAGGCUGCACUUUACAAAACUGGAACCAUCACUUUCAGCUACCGAGACAUACCGAUGUCACUAGAUGUGAUUGGUUCAGCUGAGCAUCCGGUGAAGGCUGGUUUGUCUGAUGCCUUCAUGGUCAUGUCACCUUCUUCUCAGUCAACAGGCUCCCCACGGCAAACCAUCUACGAAUACCAUCGAGUCGAGAUAGACACCACAAAGAUCACAAACUAUUCUGCUGUUGAGUUCACUCCACUGCCCACCUGCCUCAUGCAUGACAGCUGCGAGCUCUGCCACUCUUCCAAUCAAACGUCUGGUUGUAGUUGGUGUCAUGUCCUCCAGAGGUGUUCAGACGGCAUGGAUAGACACAGGCAAGAAUGGCUGGAUUAUAACUGCUCAGAAGAGCAGAGCAAAGAUGCGACCUGUGAGGAUUACUCCAGAGGCGACAGCUCCACUGAUUCCUCCAUCACACCAGACAUCGAGGACACGACGGCUCUGACUCCUCUACAAAAAGGCUGUGAAAGUGAUGAUGAGACUAAACGCCGUAUAUUCAAGACUGGCGGCGAUGUUAAAACAGAUUCUUCUAAUAAAAGCGAAGGGCUGGCGAACACUGGAGUGAUAGCAGGAAUCACAGCUGCCCUGGUGUUACUGUUGGCUCUGGUGCUUGUUGCUCUUUACAUCAAUUGUCAUCCUGCUGCUGCAUCACCACUUUACCUCAUCCAGCGACGUAAGAGCUACUGGCCUUCCUUGAAGUUUCAAAAGCAACAGCCUGGUUACACAGAAGUGGAAGGAGAAGGUCGUGAAAAAGACAGCAUUGUUGAAGCUGGACCGUGUUGAAGUUUUCGAGCGGAAACACGUACAUUUGUGCAAAAAAAAUCCUAUUCCAAAAAAUGUUACAUUAAGUUUCUUUAAAUGUUUGUGAUAUCAUUGCAAAAAAACAUGAAAUUGUUGGGUAGAGAAUAGCUAAAUGUUCUAAGAAACAGAACUUUUAUCUCUGCUGGGAGAAGUGGUGACUGUACACCCUCCUUAAAAGAAACAGAUUUGACUGCAGUAAACUGUGAAAUGUUGCCACAAGGCUGCCAAACUUAGAAAAUCACAUAAAUUGUGCCGUUUUACAUCAAGCGAAUAAAGACAUGGAUGUGCCUCGUUUUCA